AUGAAGUUUCAACUUACCAUCCUUACUCUGGCCGUCCUGGCCUUUGCAAAGCCUCAGGCUCCUCCUGAUCCAGCCCCAGCUCCCCCUGACCCUGCUCCAACUCCUCCUUCAACCUCUGAGCCGCCUGCUCCUCCUCCUGACCCCCCAGCUCCGGCACCUCCAGCUCCUCCCGUCCCUCCUCCGGCUGAUCCCCCGGCUGAUCCUCCUGCCGAACCGUCUCAACCCCCUCCUCCACCUCCGCCACCGCCGCCUCCGUCUCAGCCUGCACCUCCUCCCUCUGGACCAGCUCCUGUUCCCCCCCCAGCUACUCCGGCCCCAGCACCUCCUCCGGACCCAAGUCCCCCUCCUCCACCCCCAAGUUCAACUGCUGAACCUCCUCCUCCCGAGGGACCGAUCUGCGAAUGCGGCUACACUUACUGCUCCUCAGUCCUCAAGAACAUGGACAACCCGUGGAAUGAGGAUCAACUUUCACAGGCAUACUGCAGCACGCCCAAUGUGAAAUGCGACGGCGAAUCACCAGCCAGCAGCAUAGACAAUGCUCUGUUCAUCUGUCUAUGCGAUAAGCCUAGCCAGACGGUCGGAAACCAUCUUGAGUUCCUCUGCGGCUGCGAUAAAUGUCUUGUUGUCAAACCUGACUACAGAGGACGAUGCAAGACUCCCCCGUUAGCUGGCAAGGGCGGCAAGGGUGAUGGGAAGGGAAACAAGGUCAGAGGAGCUAAUCCAUUGGGUUUCUGGAUGUAGGUAAUCGUGGAGGAAGUCACUCAUUUGGUGUUUUUGUUAGAUCCAAAUUGACCCAUGCUACUGAUCCAAUAAUACUGAGCACGAGCGCA